AGGCAAGAAAUUCCAAUGACAUGUACGUCUACUCUAAUAAUAACAUAAAUAUACCAGAAGUUGGAUGAAACGACACUAAUGUAUUUUUAUUGGAAUUGAAAAUAAAAUUAAAAAAUGUGCACAAACAUCGAUUUGAAUGCUUGUCGAAUUUGCUUCGACACAUCUGCAAUGAACGUAUCCUUGACCGAUAUCGUAAAUGGUAACUCGCUGGCCGAUAUGCUGCGAUAUUGCGUCAACCUGAAGAUUGACCAGAACGACGAACUGCCGUACCAGUGUUGUGCAAAAUGCAAAACCGAUUUGAUUGUAGCGUAUCAACUGGUGAUACGAUGCCAUCAAUCUGAUACAAAGUUUCGUGCCUUAGUUCUUGAAGCAAAUAUCAGUAAAAGAUCUCCAGAUGAAGGAAAUUCACAUUCAUUGUUGACGGAGGACGAUAUAAAAACUGAGUUCGACGAGAAACUAAUUUAUGCCGAGCCAUUGCUUCAAAAUUUUGAUCAACUUACUAAUCCAAACGAGCAGAAAGCAUCACUACGUAUAAAAAAUGGGAGUGAUUAUAGCAGUGAUGAUAAUUUCGAUGACAAGGAGGAUUUGAAUGAUUUAUCUGACGUUGAAGAGAAUCAAAACAGUGUUAAAGGUCUGACCAAAGCAGGAACCAAAAUUCCGGAACGGUGCUGUCAAUGCAAAAUAAAGGUGACAUCUAUGGAAGCGCUCGUUGAACAUUCGAGGGUGGUUCACUUGCCCAAGCGCUGUGAAGAUCCGAAUAAGAUCUCAAUUAAACCUUUGGAAUGUGAUAUAUGCUUUAAAAGGUUUACAACUAAAAAAGCUAUGGGACGGCACAGAUUGCGAAUAUUCAUUAAAAACAAAUAUCAAUGUGAUGAAUGCGAGCUAAGCUUCAAGAUCGAAAGAACCCUGCUACACCACAAGGAUACGCACAGAAACGUGAUUCAGCCGUAUAUUCGACCAAAGGACAAACAACCUCGAUGCUGUGCUUGUUUUAAACAGUUCGACACAGAUGAGCUCUUGAAGCAACACGCGGAUGAAGUACAUCCGGCGGGUAGUUCAUCUGCCAAGGAUUCCAGCAAACGCUUUCCUUGCGACCUAUGCCACCGACGAUACAAAAAUAUGAUCGUUUUGAGAGAACAUCAAGCGAAACCGUAUCGCAUCACACAAUAUCAAUGUGCCACAUGUGGACGCACCUUCAAAGAGAGAUGUUAUUUGACUGACCACGAACGAACACAUCAAAAUGAAAAAUCUUUUGUGUGCCCUGUGUGCUCUAAAACAUUUGCCAUGAAACUUUCGUAUCGGAGGCAUGUCAAAACGCAUUCGCCAGGUGAGAAUAGAUUCAAGUGCGAAAUCUGUGGAAAAGGAUUCCAAGCAAGAACACUUCUGAAACGGCAUUCGAUCACCCAUAAUCCCCAACAUCGUCCAAUUCAGUGCACACUUUGUCCGGCAACGUUCGCCUGGAAAACAUGCCUGCAGGCACACAUGAAGCUACACACUGGUGAGAAGCCUCAUAAGUGUGAUCAGUGUGGUGCGGCGUAUGCUUUCUCUACGGACUUGAAGCGGCACAUCAUGGCCCACAAUGGCAUAAAGCCGUAUGUUUGCACAAUCUGCGGCCGCGGAUAUCCUAGACAGGACUACUUACGAAAGCAUAUGGCUAAUCAUGUAAAUUGAACUAUGUAGGUUUUUAUAUUUUACUAUUCAAACCGUUCAAAUAUAUUUAUCUCCUGAAGAAAAAAAAAUG